AAGGCAGACAUCAUCCUUAUGCAAAAGAAAAAACGUUUUGGUGCAUAUGCACAUGGAUUUAACCAAAAGGCAAACAGAUUGGAUAAACAGACCUAGUGUUUAUCACUGUUGCUUCGUAAGCUACAUUGUGUACGUAGCCUAAGAACUUUGUUAAAACAAACAGGCUUGAUUCAAGGUCUUGAGAGAUUUCUGAUAAGAUCAAUUUAUUUGGUUAAGAAACACUUUUCUUAAAUCUUUUUUUUUUUUUAAAUAUGAUAACAUCCAGUAUCAUCAUAACACUCAUUGAAAUGUGAGAACCAGAACAGAUGAACAGCUGAAAGGUGCAAUUAGCAAGGUAGAAAGCAGGAGGAGUUAAACGAAACCAUCAAUUAAACACUUUUACAUUCAGACUUCAUAAUUCUUUGACCUGUUAGGCAAAAAAUAGAAAAGCCAAUUACACUGUCACAAUGAGGUUUUAGUUCAGGGAUCCACGGCUUCUUACCGCACGGUCCGGCCACACCUUGGGUUGCAGCAUUAUUUCCCUAUCCUUUUCUGAAACCUAUUCAACAUGGAAUCAAACAAUGGCAACUCUGCCAGGAAUCCUCCUGUACACACAAUGAAAAAAAAAAUUUCUGACUCGGCAAGUGAUAACAUAAGUGGCACACUGCUUUCCGCUGAGACCACAGGGCAGGAGUUAGCUUUGUCGGAGCUCGCGGGACUUCACAAUGGCGCUAGCAUUUAGAACUGCAGCACAGUUAGCUGGAAUUUCAUUAUCUCUGCUGGGCUGGAUUCUAUCCUGUCUUACGAACUACCUGCCACACUGGAAGAACCUCAACCUGGACCUGAAUGAGAUGGAAAACUGGACCAUGGGACUCUGGCAAACUUGUGUGAUCCAAGAGGAAGUGGGGAGGCAGUGCAAGGACUUUGAUUCCUUCCUGGCGUUGCCUGCGGAGCUCAGGAUCGCCCGGGUUUGCAUGUUCCUGUCCAACGGGCUGGGCCUCCUGGGUGUGCUGCUGUCGGCCUUGGGCCUGGACUGCCUGCGCAUUGGGGAGACACGGCGCCAUCUUAAGAAGCGACUGCUCCUCCUGGGAGGAGCUCUGCUGUGGACGUCGGGUAUCACGGCCCUGUUCCCGGUGUCGUGGGUGGCCCACGUGACAGUGCGCGAGUUCUGGGAUGAGAGCAUCCCUGAGAUAGUCCCUCGCUGGGAGUUUGGGGAGGCCCUGUUUGUGGGCUGGUUUGCUGGGUUUUCGCUCCUUGUGGGAGGGUGUCUGCUUCACUGUGUGGCCUGCCCAGUGCCAGCUCCUCCAGCCUCGGGCCACUACGCGGUGGCAGAAAUGCAAGAUCAUCAUCAUCAACUGCGGAUGGCAGACUGUGACAACCCGAAAACCUGAGCCAGGAGGCAACACGGGUACCUGUGGCUGGAGGAGACUCGCUCAACAGCUGGGUUGGUAUGGUUCUGUUUUUCUAAAGUGCAUCCCCCACCCCCACGGCUAUGAACUUCUUAAACUAGAAUUUCUUUCUAAGACUGGUAGACCACCUUUACCUUCUUCUCAGAAACCAAAACCAAUCAAGACUUAAACAGCAAUCCGCACUUACUGUGAGUGCAUUUUCCCAAUUCUCGGACAGGCUCAGCCAUUGCCCACAGCUGGUAAAUAAAAUGCUGUUAUCAAUGUGGAUGCAUCUUUGAAGGUAUUGUUCCUACGAUGGUGAAUCAUUUUGGCACCUGGAAGUGCCACCGCUAAUCGUUUACUUCUUUCAGGGGUUUGCAAUCACCUAAUUAGAGAGAAACUAAGGUGUCAUCACAGAUUUGUUUAAAAGGCAUGAUAUGUGAUAUUAUGAACAGACAACUCUCUACUGGCUCUUAGAAAGCUUUGUAGGUGAAAGACUUGGGAGCCAACAUUCCAGUUGCAGUGUGACGUCCUGGGGCCCCUAUGCAGCCUCUCCAGAGGCCAGUCCCAGUCACUCCCGCCUUCCAGCACAAGAGGGCGAUCUUGCAUUCUGGAAAUGCAAGACUACCCCCCUCACACGCAAUGCACCUGAAGGCCCACACCCCUGGGCCCCCUGGAAAGGGGCACGGUGGUCAGCACUGGCGUUCGUGGGCACAGGGGACUCCUGGGAUUGCUGCCAAGCUAGCAGUCCCUUGAACGUGGUGAGCACUCGGAAGCUCUUUGUCUCAUUUACACAGUAAGAAUACUUCAUGUUUUAAAAUCAGCGACACAGUCU